CUUCGCUUGCUGGCGGCGCGCGGGGUUGACUUUGUUUGAUUUUAACGGAUAUUUUUUCCGCGUCUCCGUUCGGCCUGGGCUUUCCCUUUUCUCAGUUCGAGUCCCGGGGAGACAUCAGCGCCGCCCGGCACUCUCACCCCGUACCGAGUACGGGGCUCAGACGGAGUGAGCUCUUUUUGAAAUGUCAAACGGCCAAUCUUGCUACAGUAACGGUUACCUGGUAGACCUUGAUCUCAUGGCUGAGGAAUGCAAAGAUCAUGGGGAUGACAAUAUCAGAACCAACUUAAUUGUCAAUUACCUGCCACAGAAUAUGACACAGGAUGAGCUGCGAAGCCUUUUUGGAAGUAUAGGUGAAGUGGAAUCUGCCAAACUUAUCCGUGACAAGGUUGCAGGUCACAGCCUCGGAUAUGGGUUUGUGAAUUAUGUGGCUGCCAAAGAUGCAGAACGAGCUAUUAAUACACUUAAUGGUUUACGGCUGCAAUCAAAAACUAUAAAGGUUUCGUAUGCCCGGCCAAGCUCGGACAGCAUUAAGGAUGCAAACCUGUAUGUAAGUGGUCUGCCAAAGACAAUGACUCAAAAGGAUUUGGAGCAACUUUUUGGACGUUAUGGGCGAAUCAUCACAUCUCGUGUUCUUGUUGACCAAGUCACAGGUAUGUCCAGGGGAGUGGCUUUUAUUCGCUUUGACAGGAAAUCUGAAGCAGAUGAAGCUAUCAACAACCUGAAUGGGCACAAACCACCUGGUGCUGUCGAACCUAUUACAGUAAAACUUGCAGCCAAUCCCAAUCAGAAAACAAAUGCAUCCUUGUUGGCACAGCUGUACCAUUCACCAGCAAGGCGCUUUCCAGGACCAUUGCACCAUCAGGCACAGAGAUUCAGGUUUUCGCCGAUGAGUGUUGACAAUAUGAGUAGUUUGUCAGGUGUGAACGUUGGUGGUCACAAUCCAUCUGGCUGGUGCAUCUUCAUCUACAACCUGGGCCAAGACGCAGAUGAGGGAAUCCUGUGGCAGAUGUUUGGCCCAUUCGGAGCCGUGACUAAUGUCAAAGUUAUACGUGAUUUCAACACCAACAAAUGCAAAGGGUUUGGCUUUGUAACCAUGACAAACUAUGAAGAGGCUGCCAUGGCCAUUGCUAGCCUGAAUGGCUAUCGCCUCGGAGACAAAAUUCUCCAGGUCUCCUUUAAAACCAGCAAGUCACACAAGGUGUAAUUUAAAGCUUGUGCUCAUUUGUAAGCAUUUGAUUAGAAAUACACUGCUGAAAGGUAAAUAAGUCCACUAGUGUAAAGCAACUCUUAUUGUUGUGACAGAAGUGUUUUGUCUACCAUUCUAGAAGAAUAAGUGAAAAGGAUUUUUUUAUAUUAGUAAUCUGGGAUGCAACUAAUAUGAAAUGUUCAAAUGUUUGAUACAUUUCCUUCCAUAUUCCCCUCCUUUCUUCCUGAGCACCCAAAAAAGGAGGGUAAAAUGCUGAACUAUAUUGUAGUUCUAUGGAUUUAAAAUAAUAUCUCUUUGAGUUGCAAUAUUCAUCCCAUUAUCAGUUGACUAAUAACCAGCUCUUGGUUGAUUCCUGCUUGCAUUGGAAAAGCAAUUUCAUAAAUGCGCUACUUGCUAGCAUAGGUUUAAUACAUUAAUACUUUUUGAAUUAAAAUGCUGAUUGUCCCUGUAAGAUUAAUAUGUUGCAUAUUAAGUUAAUCCAGAUCUCAGAGCCAUAGCUGUAAUAAGUUUUCUGUAGAUAAGUAAAAAUGGCACCUUCUGUCCCUCUCUUAUCAUGACAUGGAGGUAGAUGCAAAGCAGUUCAAUUUUAAUUCCUGACAUUAGUAGACCAGUGAAUCAUAUUAAUGAGAUUUAGAGUGUCAGCACAAAACCUGAGCAGGUUUAUACAACAUUUGCCAAAUCUUCGGAUGAAAGGAACGUUUUGGUUGGAAAGUGUAGUGUAGAAUUAUUCUGCUUGUAAUAUUAUCUUGGAGGUUUAAACCUUUGAACAUUUGUAAGUUUGUUGCACCCCACUUAGUGAACUCCAUUUCUUUUUUUAAAAAAAGUUUUUUUUGUUUUUUGCAUAAUUGACAUGCUAAGUUGGGAUAAUGCGUCAGAAUAGAAAGUACUUAAAUGUUUUUCUCAUACAGGUUAGCUGUCAACACAAAGCUUUGUUAAAAUAGAUUUAAAAAAGACUAAUCUAAAAGUUUUUACAACUGCCUUUGAAAUUAGUUAAUGUUCUGUUAUAUAAUUUCUUUUCAUUUUGUUUCCUUUGUUUUGUUUGACUAUUGAUUUUACUUUUGCAUUUAUGAUCAU